GGCGCAUCGAGUUACGGGCCAUGCCGCGCUCCUCGGGCGUAGCUGUCUUAGCUUGCUUGCGCGUCGCGUGAACGCGUUUCAACUACCGGUGACGUGCUGCGCGAUGCAUCUGAGAUCGCGGAUCACGCUCCUGUCCUGAUCGAUCAUUCGAGCUGAGAUCGGAGGUGUUCAAGAUCAAGCAAGUGCCUGGAUCUGGUUCAACAGACGGCUAUGAAGACGGAAGUGGAAGACAUGGCGAGCGACGGCGUGUGCGAAGGCACUGGUCCGAAUCUCGCGGCAGGCGAGAACACCGGCGGCCUGAUAGGGCCGGAAAUGUCGCCAAGCGUGAUGGAGUGCGGCGGCUGUGGAGAACGCGUCCGCGAGCGCACUGUCCUCUGCGUCGGCGGUCGAACUUGGCACUCGCGGUGCUUGAGGUGCUGUGCUUGUGCCAGGCCUCUACACGACCAGCAUUCCUGCUUCCUCAAGGGCAUGAGACUCUACUGCAGGCACGACUACGCUCUGACUUUCGGAGCAAAAUGUGCCAAGUGUGGCCGAAGCGUGGGUGCUGGCGAUUGGGUAAGAAGAGCCAGGGAAAGGGUUUAUCACCUGGCCUGUUUCGCCUGUGACGCUUGUUCUCGUCAACUCUCCACUGGCGAGCAAUUCGCUCUCUUAGAUGCCAGACUGCUCUGCAAGGCUCACUAUCUCGACGUGGUGGAGGGAAACAAUACCUCGUCCUCGGAAGACUGCGACUCGGAACACGGUGGCAAGGGUAGCAAGACGAAGAGGGUGAGGACGACGUUCACGGAGGAGCAACUGUCGGUUUUGCAAGCGAACUUUCAAAUAGACAGCAAUCCCGAUGGCCAGGAUCUCGAGAGAAUUGCUCAUGUCACCGGUCUGAGCAAACGGGUCACGCAAGUUUGGUUUCAAAACUCCAGGGCCAGACAGAAGAAGCACAGUGGAAAGAUCAAAACGCAAAUGCAUCAUUCACCACCGAUACAACAUCAUCCCGGAGACUUGUAUUCUACCAGCGUAAAUAUGGUAGGUGCCUAUUUAGGAGGAUAUCAAGGUGGCAGUGCAGGAAGCGAGAGUCCUGGCAGUCCACUAACACCUCUCACUCCUUUAACACCGACCACACCCAAUCAUCUUCAAGCUCAAUUCUGUCAUCAAACAGGGUAACUCUGCCCGAGAACUCUCAUCAAAGUAUUCGUGAGAACGGCGAUUAUUACUAUUCUCGAGUUUCAAUUUAGUUCUUUGUCACAAUAUAGUUUCCAAUUGUUUGAAGAAAAAUCUCCAAUUAUGAAGGAAACAAAUUUUAGGAUUUCGAAAUUUUGUUAAGAAAGAUUUGUUUUUUUUUUUUUUUUUUUUUUUAAAUGGAAACGCUCUUUGAUUUCUAGACUAAAAGAUCUUCAAUAAUUGAGAUUUUUUUUUUUGUAGAUACCAAAAACGAAUU